AUGGAUACCCCAACAGUUAUAAGUGUGGAUAUGGAUUACUUUGAUUGGAAUAUAUCUUAUCCAGCUAUAACUCUUUGUCCACUUUAUAAAACAAACGUAACUGUGUUUAAAGAAAUUGUCAGAGAUAAAUUCAAUGAAACUGGUCUUAAAGUUGACAAGUAUUUAUGGGCAAUAACACAAGCAAACUUCGAAACCCUACAUUAUGUCGUUUUGGACGUUCCGGAAGAAUUGAGAUCGGUGUUCCAUCCAAACGAAUAUGCAAAUAUUGCAGAGUCAAUGUUUCAAAAAUUUGGAGGUAACGUCAGCACGAAAACGAAUCAUAACGUAACUAUAGUAUCAGCUAUGACGGAACUGGGAAUGUGUCAUGUUUUAAAUUCCAAUGUUGCCGUUUUUGAUGACCCAAGAAAAUGGAAUGUAAGCAACACGAAAUACUUCAAAAACAAUAUUGAACUCUCCAUUUACGAUAGAGACUUUUUCAUACAGAUCUCUAAGUAUGCUGACAUUUUUAAGGUCUACAUUCAUAGUCCUGACGAAAUUAUCACAGGAACAACUUCCUCUUUCACUGUUGAUAUGGAAGCUGCUAUAUCUUUCGGCUUAUCUGUAUGGACCACGAGGAUCUCAGAAGAAUUGAGACAAAUGCCGCUAGCUAUCAGAAAAUGCAGAUUCAUCAACGAAGCGACUAGCGCUAGGUAUCCUAUAUAUUCCUACAGUCAUUGCAUUUUAGAAUGCCGAAUCGACGUGAUAAAAACACUGUGCGGUUGCGUUCCACAUUUUUACAAACCAUUAGCUCACGAAAACAUCUGCCAUAUUGAGCAGUUAAAGUGUCUUGUAAAAUAUAAAAAGGAAAUCUUGACUUUAUCUUCGUCUGAAGCAACAAAGAAGUAUCCCAAUUUGCCAUCGAACUCCCGCGAUUGCGGGUGUCUCAGUACUUGCGAAUUGGACCAAUACCACAAAGAUAGAGAGGAUGUAACGUCAAGGACUUAUGUCAACACACUAGACAUUGGAAUCACCUCUUUUCCGAAAUACGAAGUGGAGGGGUAA